AUGCUUUCCUCUUCCAUUCUCCCAUUCUUCGGCUUCAUGGCAUCCAUAGCAGUAGCCGAAUCAGGCACAGCCUCCUUCUACGGCGGCAACACCCAAGGCGGAAUGUGUUCCUUUGCAACCUACACCAUCCCCUCCAACUUAGCAGGCACAGCCCUCUCCYCCGCCUUCUGGAAAGGCAGCGAAGCCUGCGGAGCCUGCGUCAAAGUCUUCGGUCCCGGAAACGAUAACAUCACCGCAAUGGUCGUCGACCAAUGUCCCAGCGGAUGUGAUAGCCACGACCUCGACCUCUUCCAAUCCGGCUUCAUCAAACUCGCAGACGCCAGCAAAGGUAUCAUCGACAUCACCUGGGAAUACGUCGAUUGUCCCAUCUCCUCCCCUCUCCAAAUUCGCAUGAAGGAAGGUGUUUCGGCAUACUGGUUUAGUGCUCAAGCCUUCAACGCCAACAAGAGAGUCGCAGACCUGCAAGUCAGCACAGACAACGGCAARACAUGGCAAAGCGGCCUCGAGAGAUUGGAAUACAACUUCUUUCAGAAAUCUUCGGGAUUCCGCGCCACUACAGUUUCUGUCAAAGUCGUUAGCAUUGAUGGUGAUGAGGUGGUUGUUAGUGAUUGUGGUGUCAGUGGCGGUAAGGUGUGUACUGCUGGCAGUAACUUUUAA